AUGGCGGCUUCUGAGGAAGAUAGGCUUCCUGAGGAGGAGUUGGUGGCGCAGAUAGCGACGUUCAUCGUGGCAGGUGUGGACACAACAUCGAACGCUCUCGCUCGCACGCUUGAUAUUCUGUCAGUUCGCCCGGAGACCCAAGAGCGGCUCCGGCACGAGGUGCUUGAGGCUCGCGAACAGUAUGGGCAGGAGAUCCCGUACAACGAGCUGAGCGCGUUGCCCUACCUGGAUGCGGUCUGUCGCGAGACAAUGCGUCUGCACCCUUCGGUCACGUUCACACAGCGAGCAGCCAAACAAGAUACCGUCCUCCCGCUCAGCGUGCCUGUGAACGGCAUCGACCACAUUGCAGUGCCGAAGGGCGUGGAGGUCCUCACGAACAUCGCCGCGUGCAACACGAACAAAGCGCUCUGGGGUGACGACGCGUACGAGUGGAACCCAGACCGGUGGUUGCGUCCGCUCCCAGCCGCGGUCGAGGAAGCGCGCAUUCCCGGGAUCUACGCGAACUCAUUCUCGUUCGGCGGCGGAGGGUACUCGUGCAUCGGGUUCAAAUUCUCGCAGCUCGAGAUGAAGGUUGUCCUGUCGUCGCUCAUCGCUUCUUUCCGCUUCGAACGCAGCUCGAAGGGGUUCGUUUGGAAUCUCGCGGGCGUGGCCUUCCCUACUGCGGGCUUCGGCGACAAGGACCCAGAGAUGUUUCUCAAGGUUGUUAUGGCCUGCUCCGCCUGUCUGCUUUAUAUACCGUUCCCGCACCUACUGUGUCGCUACGCGAUUGCCUCCUGGCUCCUCCCCGUCGCCUCUCCUUCCCGUCUCCCCGCUACCGCGAGCCUCUCCGAGGUCAAGCGCGUCCUCUAA